AGAACGAAAAGCCAUAUGUGGACGCACACGCGCCGAUCAAUCCUCGGCCCGGCAGGGAGAUCCAUCCGUCCAUCGAAACGGCCGUCGGGCGAGGAUCUGUACGGCCACCACACCCAAACGGAGCAAGACACAGACAGAGAGGGAGAGACCUUCCCCUCCAAAAAGAUCGAUCUCCUAUCACGUAACGGUGUCAGGGCGUAUACCGCGUGUAUAUAUGCGCUCCGCCCCUCCACCACCACCGAUCUCGCGCCAGCCGAGGUAACAACAACAACAAAACGAUCCGACUCCUACUCCUACUCCCCGCCGAGGCCUCGCCAAGGAAGCCAGAGGGAUACGCGCGGGACGGCGAGGAGGAGGAGGAACAACCAAGGCGAGUUGGUUGUGCCGUCAUCAGGGGCGUGCGGCGGCCGGCGGACGGCGGCGGCCGGGAUGGGCGUCUACGAGCUCGUCCGGACCGAGGACGCCGCGGGCCCCGCGAUGGAUCUGGAGGCCGGCCGCGGGCUCCCCCCGCCGCCGGCCAAGGCGCCUCCGGCGGCCGCGCAGCGGCUCGUCUCGCUCGACGUCUUCCGGGGAAUCACCGUGCUGCUUAUGAUCAUCGUGGACGACGCUGGAUCAUUUCUCCCGGCAAUGAACCACUCCCCUUGGGAAGGUGUAACCAUAGCUGAUUUCGUCAUGCCUUUUUUCCUUUUCAUUGUUGGGGUCGCUCUAGCUCUGGCGUACAAGAGAGUGCCGGACAAAUUGGAUGCGACUCGAAAGGCAACACUUCGUGCACUGAAGCUGUUCUGUGUUGGUCUUGUUCUACAAGGUGGAUUUUUUCAUGGAGUUCGUAGCCUUACUUUUGGGGUUGAUAUUGCACAAAUACGUUUGAUGGGUAUACUGCAGAGAAUCGCAAUAGCUUAUCUUGUCACAGCACUGUGUCAGAUUUGGCUCAAGGGAGAUGAUGAUGUAGAUUCUGGACUUGAUUUGAUCAAGAGAUACAAAUAUCAACUACUCGCAGGCUUGCUCAUCACAAUCACCUACAUGGCCCUCUUGUAUGGUACCUACGUUCCUGACUGGGAGUAUCGGAUAUCAGGUCCUGGUUUCACAGAAAAAACGUUCACUGUCAGAUGCGGUGUACGAGGUGACUCUGGGCCAGGCUGCAAUGCAGUUGGCAUGAUUGACCGCAAAAUCUUAGGCAUCCAGCAUCUGUACGGUCGACCGGUUUAUGCACGAUCCCAGCAAUGCAGCAUUGAUUCACCACAAAAUGGGCCACUCCCUCCUGAUGCCCCCUCAUGGUGCCAGGCCCCAUUUGAUCCUGAAGGGCUUCUCAGUUCUGUGAUGGCCAUCGUCACCUGCCUGAUCGGUCUCCAAUACGGGCACAUUAUUGUACAUUUUCAGAAACACAAGGAAAGAAUCAUGCAUUGGCUUGUCCCUUCCUUCGGCAUGCUCGUCCUGGCCUUCGCAAUGGACUUCUUCGGAAUGCAUAUGAAUAAGCCAUUGUACACUUUAAGUUACACUCUGUGCACCGCUGGCGCUGCGGGGCUCCUAUUCGCGGGGAUCUACACGCUGGUCGACCUCUACGGGUACCGCCGCCCGACUGUCGCCAUGGAGUGGAUGGGGAUGCAUGCCCUGAUGAUAUUUGUCCUGAUCGCGUGCAACAUUCUACCCAUCUUCAUUCAUGGCUUCUACUGGGGGGAGCCCAAUAACAACCUUUUGAAGUUCAUUGGGAUUAAGGCAUGAUCUGUAUAUGGUGGAUCGAGAUAUAGGAAGACACGGGAGACGCAUAUAGAGAUAUUUAGGACCCUAUUUGCACAGAGAUUUCGAGAGAUGAGUGCAGGCCUAGUUUUGCAAUAUGGCCAAAGCUUCAUCACGAUCCUGUGUAACUGCCUGUUCGACACGGCCGGGAACAGUUGUUGCACUGGUUGUUUUCUCUGAGUGCUCUAUGUAUAUGGUAAAGAAGCUUUGUGUAUAGGUGACAACAAUGCAAUCAAGAGAAAUAUAUAGUAUAUAGAUUUAUUAUCAGUUCCAAA